AUGGACGAUGCCCUGAGUAAGCUGUGCCUGGUGCUCGAGCGUGUUGACGGCGUGCCUCUGGGCGCGUUCGUCCGCGGCCUCCCGGGGGGCCGCCACCGCCCCGUGGAGCCGCACGGUGGAGCCUCGGAGGCCGGGGCCCUGGCGAGCAGUCUCUCCGCGAGGUCCCUGCUCGUCUGCGACAUCCUGAACGUGCUGUGCUACCUGCACUCGAGGCAGCCCGUCAUCGUCCACGCGGACCUCAAGGACACCAACGUCUUCGUGGAGGAGCGGCGCGGCAGGACCGGCCGGACCUCCUACCGCGCCAAGCUGCUCGACUUUGGCCUCUCGCGGAUCCUCACCCGGCGGGCCAGGCCCCUCGGCGGCACGCCCCGGUGGAUGGCCCCGGAGCUGCUCUCGCGCGUGCCCCCCGACGCGGCCGCGGACUGCUACUCCUUUGGGCUGCUGGCCUACUUCAUCGUGACCGGCGGCCUGCCCUUCGAGGGCAAGGGCACCGACCAGGUGAUGCGGCGGCUGCGCGGCGGGCGGCCGCCGCGGCUCACGUGGCCCGCGCCCGCCGACGAGCUCUGUCAGGCCUGCCGACCGCUGGUGGAGCAGUGCACCCAGUUGAAGCCCGCCCUGCGCCCCACGGCGAAGCAGGUCAGCGACGAGCUGUCGGUCGUUCUGAGCCACGUCGCCGGCGGGGCGGCGGAGGCGGUGAUCCAGCAGGAGGUCGCCGGGCUGCCUGGCGCCAAGGCCGCCGCGGGCGCCUCGGUCGAGGACCUCCAGGAGUUUCGUGGCGUGGUGGAGGUGAGCCACGCCAGCAGCGCCAGCAUCGGCUCGCUGGUCUCCCGGGGCUCCCGAGACCUGCCCCCAGUGCAGGAGCACGAGGCCCGAGGAACGGGAGGCGGCAGAAGCAUGAACCCUCGGAGCCCCGCGCGCACGCCGUGGAUCGGCGCGAGGGGCCCCGGCAGGUUCGGUUCCUGCCGCUCCCGGUUCCUCGCGAUAGGUGCUGCAGACCGGCGAGUCCUCGGACGGCGGCGCGGCGCCUUCGCCCCGGAGCCACGGGAGGCCGCAGAGGCAGCUGGCCCACCCCAAGUACAAGCCGACGCCGCUGAGCACGGAGGUGCUCACGCUGUCGUACCUGCUGCUGCAGUGGAACUUCUCGGCGACGGGCAGCGCCUGCUGCUGGCUGCACGGUGCCCUGCGCUCCCUGGACAGGGUCCGGAAGGAGCUCAGCCAGAGGGCGUGCAUCACGCAGCAGGAGAGCGUCAUCUGCGGCCAGUGCGACAGCUGUGGGCUGCUGAUGAUUCGAGGCCAGUCCUGCUGCGAGUUCUGCGCGGAGGAGCUCAGCGUGGACGAGGCCGCUCUCUCGGAAGACGUGCUUGCCGUCUGAGCCAGCCCCGACCCGAACAAUUUUCAGAAGCGAGCCCGCCUGUUGAAGGCCAGUGGGCGUCCGGAAUUCGUGCGACCAAGAAUUCUUGUCACCUAGUGGCCUGCUGUCUUGCCUCGGUGGGCUCCAGAGGAUCUCCAGGUGCCUCAUAG